AUGAAGUUAUAAAAAAAAGUGAAAAGAUAAGAAGAUCAUUAUUACCACCUACAAAAUGAAUUGAGAGAGAUUGAAAUUCGAAAUUAAAUUAAAGAUUUUGUAAAUCUCUUGUGGUUGAUGGAUACCAUAUUUGAUUUUUGA